AUGUUAAGUCAGCCUUUCUCAAUGGGGAGUGAAAGCAAGGUUUACAAGCUGCACAAAGCUCUAUAUGGCUUGAAACAGGCGCCAAGAGCUUGGUAUAGCGAAAUUGAUAGCUAUUUUGCUGAGUGUGGUUUCACAAAGAAUCAAAGUGAGGCUACCCUUUAUAUCAAGACUAGAGGUGAAGCAAGCAUCUUGAUAAUGUCUAUAUAUGUAGAUGACAUAGUCUACACUGGAAAUAAUCAAGCAAUGUUAGAAGAAUUCAAGCAAGAUAUGAUGGAGAAAUAUGAGAUGACAGAUUUGGGACUCUUGCACCACUUCUUGGGGAUGAGAGUAAUUCAAACAAGCAGUGCUUGUUGGUGUUUGAAUUACUCUCAUCCCCAAGAAGUGGUACAGGAUUCGUCUGAGGUUCCGAGGAAUUCGGGGCGAGUCCUGUCAAAAGUGAAAUCUCAUCCUGACUUGGAAGCUUGUCUGAAUAAGUCAUGGCCAAACUUCAACAGUUCAAAAACAAAUAUGGCCUUCUGGAAAUAUGAAUACAACAAACACGGCAAGUGCUCUGAUGUUAAAGUAUCAACCCCAGCUUAG